CUCAUGCAGAGAGAUACAGGCCGGGGUUAAGAACACAUAGACAAGCAUCAGUAUUUUCCAGGGAGUAUCCAUUAUUUCUGGCUUGGGGUCUCUAAUGGUAUUUCAUUGUAAUUGCUAUGAUGUCAGAGUGUCCGUCCGCCCCACUGGCCUUCUAAAAACAAUAACAAGGACAGAUUGGUUCCAUUCACUGGCUCUUUGAGCAGCGAGACACACACACAGGAGUCCAGCAGCUCAAACCUCUGCGAGAUCUUCAGCCGAAAAAAGCAUGCAUCUCCAUCCUCUGCCCCUCCCCCUCUUCAUCCUCCUGGUUGCAGAGGCAACCGUGAUGUGCGUUGCCGUGACGACAGCGCUCCACGGCUUCCGAGGCUGCGCCGUGCGAGAGUUCUCCUUCGUGGCCCAGAAGCCCGGCUGCAAGGGCCUCCGCAUCACCACGGAGGCCUGCUGGGGGCGCUGCCACACCUGGGAGAAACCCGUGCCGGAUCCCCCCUACAUCCAGCGACACCACCGCGUGUGCACGUACAGCCGCAGCCGCCACAUGACGGCGCGGCUGCCGGGCUGCCCCCCCAACGUCUCCCCUCUCUACCACUAUCCCAUGGCCCUGCACUGCCACUGUGCCAUCUGCUCCACACAGGACACAGAGUGCGAGACCUUCUGAGGCACAUUCAGCUCACAACGUCAACGACUGAUUCACUGAUAUGAUUUUCUAGACUUGAAAAGUCACAUCGUGAGGGCCGAUGUCAACAGGGAGAGUUCUGGAAAGAAGGAUACUUGAGGACUAAAGGCCUUGUGUGUAUCAAUACUCAAC